ACUCAAAGCAACAAGACCUCUAGUCUGAGCUUGGCGGCUCAUCCGGCAGCUGACAAGAAAACACUUUACUAAAGGGAUAAAUUAUCAAAACAGAUGAUGAAAGCCCUUUCCGGAGUGUGGAUUCUCCUCCUCCUCAGCAGCGGCAAUGUAUCUGGCCUUAAUUCAGUGUUGGUGAGAGAUCAUAAAUACAUCAACUAUCCAGCCAGCUGGGAGAAUGCACGACACACAUGCAAACGCUACUACAGUGACCUGGCCACUAUCUACUCAGAGGCAGAUGUGGAAGACCUGUACUUUCAACAAUACUAUGCCUGGAUUGGCAUGCAGAGAGAUCAGGCUAAAUGGAGUGACAUUCUCGUGUCGGAUCACAACUUUGAGUUACUUCAUCUUUGGGAAGACCGCAACCCACCUUACAUUCCUGAAUGUGUUGCAGUCAGCCACCAUAACUUCUUUUACCAAAGCAAACCAAUAAUUAACAGAGUAUAUGGCCUGAAUUGUGGAAGUCACCACUUCUUCAUCUGUCAGGACAAUCAAAAUGGACAAACUGAUUAUAUCUUCAUACCUGAAGCAAAGAACUGGUCUGAGGCUCAGCAUUACUGUAGCCAAAACCAUGAAGAGCUGGCAAAUAUCCCCACCGUGAGUCUGUCCACCACUGUCCAGAAGCAGGACUUUCCCAUCUGGAUUGGACUCCAUAAAGAUGGUGGAUCAUGGAACUGGAAUGCAGGCUCCUCAGAAUACCAUAGAUGGGCAUUAAAUGAGCCAAGUGCCAUAGGAGACUGUGUAUCCAUCUCCUCUGAGACAAAUAAUAUGUCUGCCCAAAACUGCAAUGCCUCUUUUCCAUUCCUCUGUAUCUCUGACAAUGUGAUCCUGGUGAAGGAAGAAAAGAGCUGGGAGGAGGCACUGAAACACUGCAGAGGACUCAAGUCAUCCAACCACACAAACCUUCGAUUCGAUCUGCUCAGCCUGCAGCCUGGGGAGGAGUCUCUGUACAUGAUGGCAAAGGUCAUGGAUGCAGAUACUGAGGAGGUUUGGACUGGCCUUUGUUUCCUAGCUGGUGAAUGGCUGUGGGUAAAUGGGGCAGAUAUGCUGCACACUGACCUGCCCUUCUGCCCUACUCAACAGCAGAAUUGUGGAGCCCUAUCCAAGAAGGAUGCUGGCAAAAUGAAGACAAGGGACUGUUUACAGAAGAAAAACUUUCUCUGUUACAGUUAUGCAUCCACCCAUUAGUCUCAUUGAGGAGGUCAACAUUAGUGGCAUUAAGGAUCAACUCUGCAGUAAAAAAUAAAUAAUCUAUACUUAUUCAUGAAAAGAAGCAACCAAAGAUUUGCUUCAGAAAUUUAGCAAGAGAUAGCCCUAAGCUAACACAUCUAGGUAUGGAUUGCUCUAUUAAUACUAUGGUUAACUAGUGGUGAAGAAUUUUUAAAUUAAAUAUUCUGAAUUAUUUGGGUCUUUGUAGCACUACUUGUAUAGCUAAUAAAUGUGCAUGUGCAUUAAUGUUAAUAGCACUUAUUAUUUUACAGAAAAAAAAUAGUU